AUGGCAGGGCCGCAGCCCAACUGGAAUGGGAAUGCACUCGAUCAGAAGCAACAAGAACAUCGGCGCAGCUACACGACUCAGUCUGCCACUAGCAAGACGAAUGACUCACGCAGCCGUCGUAAAUCUUCUAACACAACUGCCCCUGUGACAAAUCAACCAUAUCCCUCUCUACCAUCCCAUGAGCCAUUAGGACACAUGUAUAUGCAACCCAACCCCCUUUUAGGACAGCAGCCUGGUGCUGCUGUACCACAAAAUCAUUCCGCCUUCAUGCCUUGGCAUUCAUACAAUAUGUCAGCCAACCAAACAUCUCUCCUAGCCGACGCGUAUGGUGCAGCCAACGGACAACCACAACCAGGUACCACAACUAGUUUGGACUGGGUCAACGGCAUGUCAGCAUAUAUGCUUAUGGACCCGAGCGCACGACCAUCAUCUUUCUCUUCCCCCAUGGUGCAGCAAACGCCUUCGAAUAUAAAUGUAUACCAACCUUCGCCGUCUCAAUUGACCCAAUAUAUGAGCCAGCUCCAAUUCCAUAAUCAACAGCAGGAAAACAUCGCUAUGCAGCAAAACUUAUUUCUUUCUCAAAUUCAGCACGCACAAGAACAACGUGCUCAACAAGCGAUACAAGAUCAGAUUACUUUACUUCAGCAGAGAAUGUCUCCAUCACAGGACUCGGCACUCGAUUCGAAUGCGAGACUUCGCACGGACAUAUUGUCGGCUCGUUCGCGAGAGGCACAUUCACAGCAUUUGCACAAUGGUCCAUUGAAAGAAGCUACGUUUGUAUCGUCUCGAAUACCAGACGUCUUGUCUAAGAGAUACAGUGGUCAUUCGAACGUGGGCACACCAUCGAAAGACUCUAUAUUGCCUUUCCAGUCUGAUCGUGAUGCGUAUGAAGAUGCUUGCCCGUCUCCGAGUGUGGAACAGUCAGCACGACUUGAAUCCAAACGCGUGUCGUCCAAGCUUUCAAAGGAAGAAACAGGCGAUAUAUCCUCGGAGAGGCGGCGUAGUCUGACUCCAUCCAUUGUAAUUGAUCAAGUAAAUAUUGAGUCUACGGAUCAUGAUUUAGCACGCAAGGUGAAUUCUGUGGGUAUGAGAAUGGGUCCUCGUACUGCCACUAUAAUGCAUGAAGUGCAAGUGCCUGAAAACAAUACCAAAAGCAAGAAUGGAAAGGAAGGUUUAAGGCGCUCUUUGGUACAAGAUGGAAAUCGACUUGGUAACGGACACAGCGCGCUCUCCUUACCACUUAUUCAGCCUCGAAGGCAGCCGAGAGGACCGCCCAUGGAUGCGUUUUUUGCUAACAAUUUUUUGGCGCGCCGAUCUUUGCGGACACGACGGGAAGCCAUGUCUAAAUUGUGUGCUAGUCCUCGUGCUUCUAUAUUUCAAAAUUUGCGCUCAAUUCGCACGUCAUCUCCUGCGAAGAAAACGCCUGAUGUCGAGUGA